UUAUUCACAGAAGAAAGCAGGUAGUAUACUGUUACAAUACUACAGUAGAAAGUCAGAAGGUCACAAAGCGUGCAGGGUAGCUGACACAACUUGAAACUGCUUGGCCCCCUUUAAAAGAAAUACCAAAAUGGGAGAGAAUGAAGCAAGUUUACCUAACACAUCUUUGCAAGGUAAAAAGAUGGCCUAUCAGAAGGUCAGUGCAGAUCAAAGACCUCCAGGACAUUCACAGUUUUUAGAUAAUGAUGAUCUUCAAGCCACUGCCCUUGAUUUAGAGUGGGACAUGGAAAAAGAAUUGGAAGAGCCUGGUUUUGACCAAUUCCAACUAGAUAGUUCUGAGAAUAGAAACCUGGAGAAUUCAGAGACCGCAGACCUCAAUAUUGAGUCCAUUCAGCCUGCAACUUCACCAAAAGGACGAUUCCAGAGACUUCAAGAAGACUCUGAUUAUGUUACCCGUUAUACAAGAUCUGCACCAAAAAGUACCACCUGCAACUUUUGUCGCCUUUUAAAAGUUCUUUGCACAGCCAUCAUUAUACUCAUUUUUGGAAUUUUGAUAGGCUAUUAUGCACAUAAAGGUUGUCCUUCAGAAGCUACAUCUUCAGGAACACUUGAUUCUCAGUUAUACCAAGAGAUUCUCAAGACAAUCCAAGCAGAAGAUAUUAAGAAGUCUUUCAGAAAUUUGGUACAGCUGUAUAAAAGUGAUGAUGACAUAGACAUUUUGAAGACGAUUAAGACUCAGUGGACUUCUUUGGGCCUUGAAGAUGUACAGUUUGUAAAUUACUCUGUGCUGCUCGAUCUGCCAGGCUCCUCUCCCAGCUCUGUUACGCUGAGCAGCAGCGGCCAGUGCUUUCACCCUAAUGGCCAGCCUUGCAGUGAAGAAUCCAGGAAACACAGCAGCCAAGAUCUGCUCUACUCAUAUGCAGCUUAUUCUGCCAAAGGAACUCUCGAGGCUGAAGUCAUUGAUGUGAGCUAUGGAAAUGCAGAUGAUUUGAAAAGGAUUAAAAACCUGAAAAACACCAAGAAUCAGAUUGCACUCCUGAAAUUAGGAAAAUUGCCACUACUUUAUAAGCUUUCCUUAUUGGAAAAGGCUGGAUUUGGAGGCGUGCUUUUAUAUAUUGACCCUUGUGAUUUACCAAAGACUGCAGAUUUUAGCCAAGAAACCUUCAUGGUGUCAUUGAAUCCAGGAGGAGACCCUUCUACACCUGGUUACCCAAGUGCUGAUGGAAGCUUUAGACAAAACCGACCAAACCUCACCUCUCUGCUAGUGCAGCCUAUAUCAGCAUCUCUUGUUGCAAAACUGAUGUCUCCGUCAAAAGACAGAAUAAAAAAUGGUGCCUGUGACCCUCUACAACUUCCAAAUAAUGAACAAAGAAUUGUUAAAUUGCAAGUUCAGACAGUCACAGAGUUCAAAACUGUUACUAAUGUUGUUGGAUAUUUAAAGGGCUUGACAUCUCCAGAUCGGUAUAUCAUAGUUGGCAGCCACCAUCCCACUACAUUCAGCUAUAAUGGACAAGAAUGGGCCAGCAGCACUGCCAUAAUCACAGCCUUCAUCCAGGCUUUAAUGUUAAAGGUUAAGAAAGGGUGGAGACCCGACCGCACUGUUAUUUUCUGUUCCUGGGGAGGAACAACUUUUGGCAAUAUUGGCUCAUAUGAAUGGGGAGAGGAUUUCAAGAAAGUCCUGCAGAGAAAUGUUGUAGCUUAUGUUAGUCUCCAUAGUCCAGUAAGAGGCAACUCAAGUCUGUAUUCUGUAGCUUCACCUUCUCUUCAGCAACUGGUAUCAGAGAAAAAUAACUUCAACUGUUCCAGAAGAACUCAGUGUUCAGAAACCAAUGUCAGUUCUGUGCAGAUACAAGGUGAUGCCGAUUAUUUCAUCAACCAUCUUGGAGUCCCUACUAUGCAGUUUGCUUAUGAGGACAUCAGAACACUCAAGGGCCCAAGUUUUCUUUCUGAGGCCUUUUUCCACAAACGUGGAACAAACAUUGAAGAGAUCGAUCCUUUUUUCAACCUUCAUGAAACUAUUACCAAGCUCUCAGGAGAAGUUGUUUUACAAAUUGCCAAUGAACCAGUUCUGCCCUUCAAUGCUCUUGACAUAGCUUUAGAAGUUCAAAACAAACUUAAAGGUGAUCAAUCCAAUACUCACCAACUGCUAGCCCUGUCAUCCCACCUGCGGGAAAGUGCUGGACUCUUCCAGUCAGAUGAGAUGCGUCCUGCCAAUGACCCCAAGGAGAGGGUCCCCAUCCGUGUCCGGAUGCUGAAUGACAUCCUCCAAGGCAUGGAGAAAAGCUUCUUGGUACAGCAGGUGCCACCAGGUUUUUAUAGAAACAUCCUGUAUCACCUUGAUGAGAAGACAAGCCAGUUUUCAAUACUGCUGGAGGCUUGGGAGCACUGCAAGUCUCUUGCAUCGAAUGAAACCCUUCAAGAAGCUCUGUCAGAGGUGUUGAGCAGCAUUAAUUCAGCUCAGGUUUACUUCAAAGCAGGACUUGAUGUGUUUGAGAGUGUCUUGGUUGGAAAGAACUGA